AUGAUGACAGAAUUCAAAGAAGACAUGAUGAAGACAUUUGAAAUGACAGACCUUGGCUUAAUGAACUACUUCCUUGGUAUUGAGGUAAGUCAAAAGAAGAAAGGGAUAUUCAUCUGUCAAAAGAAAUACAUUGAAGCUCUCUUGAAGAAGUUCAAGAUGAGUGGUUCCAAGACUGUCACUACUUCGCUUGUGACAAAGGAGAAGCUACAAAAAGAUGAUGGAGCACUAGAUGCUGAUGCAUCUCGCUACAGAAGCCUGGUUGGAAGCUUACUAUAUUUAACAACCACACGACCACAUAAUGUAUGCUGUGAGUCUUUUAUCAAGGUUUAUGCAAAGCCCAAGCCAAAUUCACUUUGGAGCAGCUAA